AUGGUUGCCAAAUCAACACUUACCGGCUUGACCGGCACGACGGGAACGUCAGCAAUGACAGGAACAACAGGAUGGACGGGAACGAGCUACAACAGGUCGUCAAUGACCUACGAUGGUCCUCCGCCCUCGACAUAUGUGCGAACGUACAACUGGCCGCCUCUGCAGCUGAACUUCUGGAUCUUUGUGAUCCUUCUCGCUUCCUCUAGCAUCAUCGGCGUGUUUGCGACCUUCAUCCAGGUCCAGAACCAGCUCGAGCUCGGCAUUCCUUGGUACUUCCCCUACUUUGUCACCGUCGCCUCGCUCUCGAUCCUCUUCAUCGUCGGUAUCUUCUGGCUCAUUUCCCAGCGACGACUUCUCCCUGCGAUAGUUAUGGUCGGCGGCUUUAUGUUCUUUGUGCUAUGGCUUACGGGACUCGUCGUCGUUGCGAUGCAGCUGUUUGGACCUGACGGGUCUAUCCAAAGCGUGUGUGAUGUCCAGGUCUUUGGGAGGAAUCCCAAGGGCACCAGUGUUGCAACGAUGGCGUGGCUUCAGCAGCGAAACAUCUGUCAAUCUUGGCAACUGGUUUUCGCGAUGGCACUCAUCGGCACUCUCUUUUUCGUCUGGGUCAUGAUUAUGGCGUUCCAGGUCUUUGUCAACUCAUAA